CACUUCCGGGUCCGUCCCUUUUAUGUUUUCGUCUCAAAACUUUGGCGCUCUCUCUCUCUCUCUCUCUCUCUCUCUCUCUCUCCCCCUCUCUCUCUCUCUCUCAUCAUGGAAGUAAACUGUUAUUAGUCUAAGAUGUCCUGCUCGGCCUUCGGUUGCACCAACAGAUCCACGAAGGGCUCCGGGAUUCAUUUCUUCCGAUUUCCUUUAAGUGAUCACGACCGGUUGAUGCGAUGGUGGAUCAACAUGAAGAGGAUCAACUGGUCCCCAACGACCACGUCACGUCUGUGCAGUGUGCACUUUGAGGAGGAUCAGUUCUCCAUAGACAACAGGACGGGCCGGAAGAGGCUGAAGGACACCGCUGUGCCUACCAUUUUCAACUUUUCACCACAUUUGUUGAAAAACAAAAAACCUGGCAGAGGCAGGCGAACCAAGCUGGUUAGUAUGGAGGUAACGGACGAAGAGCACAUGGAAGCUAUUUCACAGCCAGGAGCGUCAGUGGAUGUUGGAGACUCAGAGCUUGUUCACGGAGCUUCUUCUAGAGACUUUGUUGCUGCUGAAACAGAAAUGGAAAGUAAAGAAACUGAGGCCAUUGUGGGCCCUUCUUUUGUAUCUCCUCUAAAUCCAUCCCCUUCACAGUCGUCUUUCUCUCCAGGAGAGACAGUCAGCAGAGUUCUGGUUCAAGGUGGUGAGCCAGAUAGCACCUCAGAGUCUCAAACAGAGGGUCCCGAGGUGAAAACUGAGGAAGACUUUGAGUUAGAUGAAGAAAAUGUGCCAGUAAUGGACAACAGCUUAGAGGAAAGCUCUGCAGGACCUGAUAUCAGUGGGGACAUAAAUAAGGACAAGACAUCUGACAGGAAAAAGGCGAUAAACACAGGCGAACAGACGGACACAGACAUCGCCACGCAGCGGGAGGACGAGUCUCUGGCCUGUAAAUUGAGGUUUUCUACUGGGAACGACCUCGAUGAGAUGAUGGACAUUGGUACGAUGGAUCAGGUGGAACAGGAGGCUCUGAUGAAAGAGGAGGAAGAGAAUAGUUCGAUGGAUGUGGAUAGCAGCCGUUCACCUGCCAUUUCAAAUACAGCCUCAGUGGCAGAAGACAGUAACUCCAUUAAGGAGGAAACUGAUGAUGUCAAACCCACUGUAUUACCACCACCCUCAGAGGAGGACCAAGUGGAGGACGUGAAAGUGGCUUUAGACUCAAUGCGGUCCAGCUCGUCUCCAUCCUCUGAAGCCACGGCCAGUACAGGAAGGGACAGCUCAUCUCCAGCGACCAUAAUGAACGGGAUGAAAGUAGUUCAGCUAUCAGUGCCGAAAUUAAACACCGAAAGGUUACGUGCUCCCACUCCGCCAAUCAAGUCGUCCCCUUCUCCACCCUUGGUCAAGGUGAAGGAUGAGCCUGAGGACGACGAAUAUGAACAAGCCCAAAUAUCCUCUACGUCCACAGCGAAUGUGAAGGAUGAGCCCAACACUGCAAAGGAGGACUUGAGGAUCGGAUCCGUCUUCUCCGUGACCCCAGCUGCUGAAACACAAACGCUGCCUGUCGUCAACCCCUCGUCGCUGCACAUGUACUGUUCCAACUGCAAGAAGAGCCUGAUGAAAGGACAGACAGCUUUCCAGAGGAAGGGCUCCCCGGCACUCUUCUGCUCCACCGACUGCCUCACCACGUCCCUCCCUGUCAGAGGAGUCACUAAGAUCUGUCACAACUGCCAAAAGUUGAUAUUACGGCCGCAGGACGUCAUUCUGACUCCAGAUGCUAAAGGAACCAUGAAGGAAUUCUGCAGCCAGAACUGCCUGACCUCCUUCAACUACAAGAAAAACGCCACCAACUACAUGAAACCCACCUCCACCAAAAAAACACUACAACCGAUCGCACCACAGUCACUCUGCAGCAUGUGCACCAGAUACUGCGUCAGCAAACACGAGGUGAUCCUGAGUGGUGCAGUCCACAAGAUCUGCAGUGACGCCUGCUUUAACCGUUUCCGUACAGUAAACAACCUGUCCAUGGCCGGCUGUGCAAACUGCAGCUCUUACUGCCUCAACAAACCGCUCAUGCUGAAGAUGGACGGCAGCAACAAAACUCUGUGCAAUGCAGAGUGUCUGGCCAAGUACAAAGAGAAAACAAAGAUAACCCAGCCUUGUGUGAUGUGUCGCACUACCCGGUUGCUGGCAGAUAUGAUUGACAACCAAAACAGUGACGACUCCGUGAACCUCUACUGUAGCAGCAGUUGUGUGAUGGCAUUCAAGGUCCAGACUGUCAGUGCAUCAGGUGCUCGGAUGAAUUGUGAUAGUUGUGGGAAAAACACAGUACCGGCCUACCACCUGGCCAUGUCGGAUACCUCCAUCAGGAACUUCUGCACUCUACCUUGUGUCAUGGCUUUUCAGGAGAAGUUCAAGAAGUCCCAGAAACAGGUGAAUGUUUUUACCAAGUUACCCAUCGGAUCAUCCCAAAUCCAGACCUUCACUCCUGUCCAGCCUCAGCGAGAUGUCCUCAAAGGACUGAAGCUGAACUGCUCUCAGUGUACCCGCAACAUCACUUUUAAACCUGAACUCAUCCAGAUCAAGGACAAGAUGGUUUUCGUGUGUAGCACGGACUGUUCUCACGAGUUCAAGAAAGCCAACUAUGUGACGUGCCUGUGCGAAUACUGUAAGAUUGAAAAGAUCACAAGAGAAGCAAAGAGAAUUGACAACAAAGACUGUUUCUUCUGCAGCGAUGGCUGUAAGCUCCUUUUUAGACACGACUUGACUAAAAACUGGGGAAAACACUGUCACUCCUGCGUCUACUGCCACUCGGUGUCUAAGAAGCUGGUGACGGCACAGUAUGGAGGCUCGACUGAGGAGUUCUGCUCUGAGGAGUGCAGGUCCAAAUACACCAUGCUCUUCUGCCAUGUUGCAAAGUGUGACACCUGCGGCCGCAAAGGGAAACUGAAGCAGAGUCUUCCCAUGCUGGGAGAGGUCAAACACUUCUGUGACCUGUCUUGUCUUCUACAGUUCUGCUCUAAUAAAGUGGCCACGCAGGGCGAGGUCUUCAAAGCAGGUACAUGCGAGGACACACCUGUCAUCGCCAACGUCAUCUCACUUGCAGGACCUCCAACAGGGAAAUCCAGUGCUUCCGAAAGAGCUACCCAGCAAAGCACAGGCUCUAUCUUUCAGUCAAAGAACUGUGGACAUAUCAGUAUUCAGACAGAUGCAGUGAAAGCUCAUCCUCCAAAAAUCCUCAAGAACAAGGCUCUACUCUGUAGACCGCUGGUGCAGAACAAAGGGGUCUCCUGUAAAACACAGACGGCUGAUGUUGAAGCACAGACGGAUGACUUCUUUCCUAAAAUCAUGAUUGUGCCUGUCCCAGUGCCGGUGUACAUUCCUGUACCCAUGAACAUGUACAGCCAGUGUACCCCCAAACCUGUGGGCGUGCCAUUACCACUGCCCGUACCCAUGUUCCUUCCCGUGGCAAUGGACAGCGCCGAACGCAUCGUGGAAACCAUCCAGGAGAUAAAGGAAAAGAUACCGUCUGACCCCUUCGAGGCAGAGCUCAUCCUCAUGGCUGAGAUGAUUGCAGAACAGGAUGAGAAGAACAACAAAGAGGAGAGCCCAAAGGAGAAAGCGGUGGAGAAAGAGAGGGAGAGACAAGAAGCGCCUGUUCCAGAUGACCACGGCAGUAACUACAGUGAUGACUUGGACACAGACGACUUGGCUAAUUUCCUCAACAACUGGGAGGACGACGCAGGUCUCAGGUCUCCCAGUCGACCGUACUCCCACGAAAAGCUCAACCCAAUUCUUGACAUUCCCGAGGGCAUGUCCAGUGUGCCUUACUCCGAGCCCCCACCUCCAGCACCGCCUCCCAUGGACGUCGAAACAGACUUCACUGUUGAAACUCUGGAGAGGAUGGCCCGGCUGAGAGACCAGACCCAGCGGUCCCCAAGCCCUCCGCCUGCUGCUCCACGACGGCGACAAGCUCACAGGAAAGCCCGAGAAAAAAAGGGUCGUAAGUCACUGCGGUCUACUAAAGCUGAAGCGUCAUCUCAAAAAGGCCUUUCAAAGGCCAAAGCUGUAGACUUCCCAAAGCUAAAGAGUCAAUAUGGAGUUGAUGCCUGGAAGCGAUGGAUCCAGUGGAGGCAAACUCAACCCAACCUGGAGAAGCCACGCUUCGGUUCGCGUCCCAUGGAGUUGAAGGAGGAUGUUCUCCGGUGCACCACUGCUGAGCUGAGUUAUGGACUCUGUUGCUUCAUCACUGAGGUGAAACGACCAAAUGGAGAGCCGUACUCCCCCGACACCCUGUUCUACCUCUGCCUCGGCAUUCAACAGUACCUGUUUGAGAACGGCCGUGUGGAGAACAUAUUCAUGGAUCGGUUCUACAACAAGUUCUCCAAUGAGUUCACUGUCAUGCUGAGAGGUUUCAAACCUUCAGUCACAGCAAGUGGUUAUAUCCAUUCCCGUGUGGAGGAGGAGUUUCUGUGGGACUGUAAACAGUUGGGGGCGUACUCCCCCAUCGUCCUCCUCAACACUCUGCUCUUCUUCUGCUGCAAGUACUUUGGCUUCACCACGGUGGAGCAGCACCGCCAGCUGUCCUUCGCCCACGUCAUGCGCUGCACUAAAACCAACCAGGACAGCACCAAGACCACCUUCCUGCGGUUCUACCCCCCAAUAUCCAUAAAUGAUGCAGAGUCAGAGGUUCCAGCGAAGAGGCGUAAGGAGGAGGAGAGUAAAGACGAUAUCCUGGAGAUGAUGGAGAACACAGACAACCCUCUCCGCUGUCCGGUCAGACUCUACGAGUUCUACCUCUCUAAGUGCUCGGAGUCAGUGAAGCAGCGCACCAACCUGUUCUACCUUCACCCCGAGCGCUGCUGCGUCCCCAACAGCCCGCUGUGGUUCUCCUCCACCCCUCUGGACGAUAGCACCAUGGAGGCCAUGCUCACCCGCAUCCUCAUCGUCAGAGAGCUCCAUCUCCAGGCGAAGAAAGAGGAAGGGACGGAUGGGCAGACGCCCGACGACCCACCGUUUAUACCUGAAGAGGAAAAUGGAGAUUCGGAGUGACGAAGAGCAAAUGUAAAUGUUGUAGAUUAACUGAAAUGUUCAUUUAAACACGGCCCAGUAAACAAAAACGGAGAUAAUGCACCCGUACAUACACAACUACAAUGUGAUGAACUACAAAAGAACGUCGUACUUCCUGAACCACAUCAUGAGCUGAAUUAUUGGAAGAUCUUCAGAUGCACAGUGUUUGUGUGGGUGGAACCUGCGAGCUGAGAUUGUAAGACCGUUCACUAAUGUUCAGCCGGAGACAUUGCUGUACUUUUGUGUUUUUUGUCUGCUGAAUGGUUGCUUGGCUACGUUGUUCCUUCCACGUGUCAUGGUUCCUUAAACUCCUGUGGAAAUUUGGGGUUUUUUCGUCCUUUGUUUGAAAGAGCUGCAGUGAUUUCUGUUGGUGGUUUCUGUGAUGUAGAUGUAAAUUGACAACCGUCAAGUCUCAAACCUGCAGUUUGAUUGUCAACAACACUUCAAUGCUCUGAUUUGGUGUCAGUCUGUCAGUGAAAGAGCUCAUUUUCAGUCACAAUAUUCUUGCAGAUUUUAUACCUUUUAGGAUUGUUGGAAAGUCGUGUAGGAAAUACAUUUAAUUCCUGGAAUUAUUGGAUUAUUAUUUGAUUUGAUUGUACCAGAGUGUCCUAUGACUGAAGGUUUCUCCAACUUGCCGUAGUAAAAUGUCGACAAUCAGUGUACAAAAAAAAAACCUCAACACAAAUCAGAUAAUCAUAUUUUAGAGAGAUCAAUGUGAUUGAGAGACGACAGAGUGACUCUAAGGACCACAGUGUAGGAUUCAGUGGCGAAGAGUUGCUGCUGCGAGCAUUUAGGAGAAACUACGGUGGCUGCAAAAGGCCCGUUUAAGAGCAAGUGUUUGGUUUGUCCAUUCUGGGCUACUGUAUAAACAUGGUGGCUUCUGUGGAAGAGGACCUGCUCCAUCUGAAGGUAAAUAUGGAUCAGUAACAGAAACACAAGUCUUAUAAUCAGGUGAUUAAACAUUAAUGAAAACAUAAUUAUGAAUAUUAUAUUCCACGUCUGCUGAUGGAUCAUCCUCAAUGUUACACACUGGACCUUUUUAAAUGAAAGAAUCAAUCAGUUUAAUGUAUUAUCUUUUGGCUCAUCAAUAGAAAUAGACACAUUUUGAUCAACAGAGUCGAAGUAAUACUGAGAUUAAAUACACUGCAGACAAUAAUGUCUUUGAACGUAGCUUAUAUCGCCGACAAGAACAAAAAUGUUUCCCUGUUUUUGUUGACUGAACACUGAAAUGAGCAAAUUUGUUGAUUUAAACUAAAUUUUGGACGUCAUCUACAGUAUCCUCUGAGACGUUGAGUUUUUGCAUAACUACGACCCUGGUAAAAAGAAUAAAAAUAAAUACUAUUCCUUCAUGUAUAUCUUGGUUAUAUUAACCCCCCCCCCCACACACACACACAGUCUUUAGAGGAUGGCUGCCAAGGUUCUCAGUAUUUUCUAUUGUAUGUCCUUUUUGAAUAAAAAAACAUUUAAAAACA